AAGGCUGCCCCCGCACCGGCCCCGGCUGGGAGGCUGGGCAGACCAAGAGCUCCCCGGACUCGGCGUGGUCGUGGAUUCCGAUCAUGAGAGACCCCGGGUGGAUUCGGAACGUAUGGCCUUCGAACAUCAACGCCCAGACCAUGAAUUACGUGGGGCAGCUGGCGGGCCAGGUGUUUGUGACCGUGAAGGAACUCUACAAGGGGCUGAACCCCGCCACGCUGUCCGGAUGCAUCGACAUCAUUGUCAUCCGCCAGCCCAACGGGAGCCUGCAGUGCUCCCCUUUCCACGUCCGCUUUGGGAAGAUGGGGGUCCUGCGCUCCCGGGAGAAAGUGGUGGACAUAGAAAUCAACGGGGAGUCCGUGGACUUGCACAUGAAGCUGGGAGACAACGGGGAGGCGUUUUUCGUCCAGGAGGCAGACAACGACCAGGAGGUGAUCCCCAUGUACUUGGCCACCUCUCCCAUCCUGUCAGAAGGGGUGUCGCGCAUCGAGUGCCAGCUGAAAAGGAGCUCGGUGGACAGGGUGAGGAGCCUGGACUCCAGCACGCCCUCCCAGAGCCUGGCGCCCAGUGAGAGCCCCUCCAGCGGCUCGCUGGUGAAGAAGAGAAGGAAGAGGAGGCGGAAGUGCCAGCUGGACAGCCUGAAAAGAGACGACAGCAGCCACACGUCGGAGGACGAGGACAUGUUCCCCAUAGAGAUGAGCUCCGAUGAGGACUCGGGGCCCCUGGACGGCAGCAGCAGAACGCUUCACGCGGACGCCCCGCCAUUCCAAGACGAUAUUCCUAAGGAGAACCUCCCCUCCGUCUCCCCGUACCCGCAGUCGGCGUCGUACCCCAGUUCCGAUAGAGAGUGGUCCCCCAACCCCAGCAGCCCGGUAGAUUGCAAAAGGAACCCCCCUCAUCUUGUGGUCGCAGCCGAGGGAGUCCUGUCUAGUUCUUGCCCGCCACAGUCCUCCCAUUUCCAUGCUUCGGAAAGUCCCUCAGGAUCCCGACCCUCGACCCCAAAAAGCGACUCAGAAUUGGUCAGCAAGUCCACGGACAGGCCCAUGCAGAAGAACAACCUAGAAAUGCUGUGGCUGUGGGGGGAAUUGCCGCAGGCCGCAAAGUCUUCUCCGCACAAGAUGAAAGAAUCCAGCCCCCUGUGCAGCAGGAAAAUCUGUGAGAAGACUCACUUCCAGGCCAUUCACAGCGAGUCUUCAGACACGUUCAGCGACCAGUCGCCGACGUUAGCGGGAGGGCUGCUGGCCGAGCCCGGCAAGCCGCCCAUGGAGAUGCAGUUUGCGUGUGACGACGACCUGGAGGCCUUGGGAGCGGCCGCCCCGCCGCUACCUAUGGCCGAGGAGCUCAAGUCCCCCGCUUCCAGCUGCCUGCAGACGGGGGCCAAGAUGGACUCUCCUUCCAGGAAGAAGGACAAACGGAGCCGACACCUAGGUGCCGACGGCGUCUACCUCGAUGACCUCACGGACAUGGAUCCGGAAGUGGCAGCCCUGUAUUUCCCCAAAAACGGGGACCCCCCGGGACUCGCCAAGCCCGCCAGCGAGAGCGGCGUGCGCUCCGCCAACCAGUCCCCGCAGUCGGUGGGCAGCUCCGGCAUUGACAGCAGCGUGGAGAGCACCUCGGACGGGCUGAGGGACCUCCCGUCCAUCGCCAUCUCCCUCUGCGGGGGGCUCAGCGACCACCGGGAGAUCACAAAAGAUGCGUUCCUGGAGCAGGCCGUGUCCUACCAACAGUUUGUGGACAACCCCGCCAUCAUCGACGACCCCAACCUCGUGGUCAAGAUCGGGAAUAAGUAUUAUAAUUGGACAACAGCAGCGCCUCUACUCCUGGCGAUGCAAGCCUUCCAGAAACCUCUGCCAAAGGCUACCGUGGAAUCUAUCAUGAGGGAUAAGAUGCCCAAAAAGGGAGGAAGAUGGUGGUUUUCCUGGAGGGGCCGAAACACCACAAUCAAAGAGGAAAGUAAGCCAGAGCAGUGCCUGCCGGGAAAGAGCCACAGCACCGGAGAGCAGCCGUCCCAGCUCAGCAUGACGCCCAGGAUAAAGCAUGAGUCAUCUUCCAGCGAUGAAGAGCACGCAGCUGCCAAGCCGUCAAGCACGGGCCACCUCCCUCUCCUGGCCAAUGUCAGCUACAAGAAGACGCUGCGCCUCACUUCCGAGCAGCUGAAAAGCCUGAAGCUGAAGAAUGGCCCCAAUGAUGUGGUGUUCAGCGUCACCACGCAGUACCAGGGCACCUGCCGCUGUGAGGGGACCAUCUACCUGUGGAACUGGGACGACAAGGUCAUCAUUUCUGACAUCGAUGGGACCAUCACCAGGUCAGACACCCUCGGCCACAUUUUGCCCACGCUCGGGAAGGACUGGACCCACCAGGGCAUCGCUAAGCUGUACCACAAAGUGAGCCAAAACGGAUAUAAGUUCCUCUACUGCUCGGCCCGGGCCAUCGGGAUGGCAGACAUGACGCGAGGCUACCUGCACUGGGUCAACGAGAGGGGCACGGUGCUGCCCCAGGGCCCGCUGCUGCUCAGCCCCAGCAGCCUCUUCUCGGCCCUGCACAGAGAGGUGAUUGAAAAGAAGCCAGAAAAGUUUAAAGUCCAGUGCUUGACAGACAUCAAGAACCUGUUUUUCCCGAACACGGAGCCCUUUUAUGCUGCCUUUGGGAACCGGCCGGCGGAUGUGUAUUCCUACAAGCAAGUGGGAGUGUCCUUGAACCGCAUCUUCACCGUGAACCCCAAAGGCGAGCUGGUGCAGGAGCAUGCCAAGACCAACAUCUCCUCGUACGUGAGGCUCUGCGAGGUGGUGGACCACGUGUUCCCGCUGCUGAAGCGGAGCCAUUCCUCGGACUUCCCCUGCUCGGACACCUUCAGCAACUUCACCUUCUGGAGGGAGCCGCCGCCGCCCUUCGAGAACCAGCCGGACCUGUGCCAGCGGCCCCUGUGAGGCCCGAGGCGGGCGCCACCCAUUAAAGCAUAGGUUGUGGGGACCCCCGCGCGGCACCGUGUGGCCCUCUUGCUCAGGAGGAAGGAGAAGCCCUUCUCCUCUGCCCCGCCCCGUCCAGGCGACCCGGCCCGGAGCCCGCGCCGCGCCGCCGCCGCGUAGCGCGUGCUGUGCGUCCCAGCCGCGGCGUCCUACCCACAAUGCCUCGCUCGCUCGCUCGCUCGCUCGCAGCCCGCCCGGAUGCUAGUUCCCAGUCAGCACCGCGCGCGGGCCCCGACCUCGGCCGGCCGAAGAGGGCCGUCUGCGCCUGCGCGCGUCCUGCCGCGCACCGGUCCCCGAGGACCACCCCGCGCGCUUGACUCGCGGCGGAGUCCGCACCCCCCGCACCCGUGCGGGCCAGGGCUGCGAGGGAGGGGCGACGGGACCCGCCCCCGAGCUGGCCGCCCCUCCCCGCGGCCGCCCUCCGGCCUCGGCCUCGCCAGUGCCCCCGGGCAGUCGUUGGCUGGCGGUCCCGGUCGGCGGCCCGCGCCCCGCGACCCGCGCCGUCGGCCUUUGCGUCCCCACGGUUUUUGCCUUACUGCAUGGUGAGAGGCCUUUCAUUUAGCGUGCACGGGCCCUCGCUCCCUCGCUCCCUUGCAAGGCCUCGGGGCGGCGGGACGAGUGAGUCCGCUCACCCGCAGCCAGCGGAGCUCGCCAGGGGAACGCGCAGAGCACUGAGGCCCAAGGACGACGACGACGAGGAGGAUGAGGAUGAGGAUGAUGAUGAUGAUGAUGAUGUGGAUUCUUUUGCUUCUUAGUUGUUUUAAAGAAACACAGUUACGUUAUCUUCUUUAUAGGUACUAUUUAUUGCUGUGCUCAGAGUGGACUUUUCUGUUGUAAGCCUUGUAGCUGUAUUCUUUGGAUGACAACUGUCCUGGGUACAUGAAACAGAUCAUAAGUAAGCUAGAUGACCCAAAGAGACUUCUGUCGGUCGGACACCCUGACCUUCUGGAAUUUAUGAGUACUUUAUUUCCCCUAGUGUUUUCCACUCAAGAACAGCUUGAGUGACAUUCUCUUAACCUAAUCCUCCUUCAUUAAACUGACUUGCGGUCAGAACAAUGUGAAAAGUGAAAGAAUUAUUUUGGUAAAAGAUUGUGCUUUACUUUCCACUGUAUUCUUAUCAUUAUUGUUGUUGUUGUUGUUUAAAGACUGUGAUGCUCCCUUGACUGACAUGCUUUACUAUUUAAAGUUCAUAGGUAAGAGUCACAGGAGGCCAAAGAUGGAACUGUUGAAUGAAACGUUACUCUUUCUGUGAAAGAAAACCCCGAGUUGCCCCCUGGGUCACAGUGGGUGGGCUCCGUGAGGGGCAGCCCUCUCCUGGGCGCUUCCCGGAGGUGACGGAGGCACCUCAGAUGGACGUGGAGACACAGGCACGCGUGUGUUGACUCCCUUUUGGAGGCAUUCAACGUCAUUUUAACAAACUCCCUGGGCUUGCUCACUAGUGACCCCUAGAGGCUGGGCAGCCCUUCUGCCACCUAGGCAGGUUUUUUUCCCCAGUGGAUUUCAACUGCGGUGACGCACAUACCUGCGAAUGCAGCCCGCCGGGGUCACCUGGCUCCCCCCUUGCACCUCGGAGGAUCUCCGGCUGUGGGAGUGGGCAUCUGUCCACCCUCGCAGGCCGCCGGCGGUCUGAGCUCGUGCAUCUUAGCACUCUUGAUUUUGAUGUACCUGAAACCUCCACAUCACUCCCCCCCUCCCCUUCUUAA